CGUCGCCGAGGUUCCUGAGGAGAAAGUCUGAGCCGUUCUGUAUGACCUCCUAUAUAACAGGCGUGCAUGAACACCCUUUUCAGUAAGUGCUAACAAUGUACGUGUCGUUGCUGUUCGUGCUUUCUGUGCCCCACGUUUUCGCGCUGACAUUGAACAAAGAGUUGCUUGAGGAAUGGCAGAAGUACAAGGAGCAGUUUGACAAAAAAUACGGGCCCAUAGAGGAUUUCAAGCGCAUGAAGAUUUGGCAGAAGACAAAACAUCUCGUAGAGCAGCACAAUGACGAGUACGGCCGUGGACUCCACAGCUACACACUUGCUGUCAAUCAUAUGGCAGACAUGACUCCCGAGGAAACGGAGCAGAUGAGAUGCCUUCGGAUGACCCCUGAGUCCAUUCGUCAAAUGGAAGCUGGAACGGAACUAUUUACUUCACGGGAAAGGAAGCUUCCGCCGAUUCCUGACUACGUGGACUGGAGGACGGAUGGCUAUGUGGGACAGGUCUACUCUCAAGGCAGAUGUGCGUCAUGCUGGGCCUUCAGCAUCGUGGGAACACUUGAAAGCCAGUGGUUCUUAUCGGCGUUUCAGAAGGUCAACCUGAGCCAGCAGAACCUCGUAGACUGCGUCACUUCUUCUGGGGGUUGUAGAGGAGGCGACCUAUACGAGGGCUUCGAGUACAUCAAGGACAGUGGCGGGAUUGACACCUUCGAGUCCUAUCCCUACGAAGCUCGCGAUAACGUAUGCAGGUUCAGGAAGGAAUGUGUUGGCGCCGUUGUCAACGGCAUCAGCAGAAUCAAAAACGGAAGCGAGUUUGACCUCAGAAAUGCCGUCGCCACCGUGGGACCCGUCUCUGUUGCAAUUUACGCCGCUGACGGGAGUUUCAUGUCAUACCGGGACGGCAUUUAUGAUAACCCACAUUGCCGGAGCGAUUACAGUUCCUUAACACAUGCUGUCGUCGUUGUUGGAUACGGGACAGAGAACGGCACGGACUACUGGCUCAUAAAGAACAGCUGGAGCGAGUACUGGGGGCAGAAGGGCUUCGGAAAGAUGGCCCGAAACCGUGGUAACCAGUGUGGCAUCGCUACUGCCGCUGUCUAUCCCAUCAUCUGAAGAGAACCAGCCGCGUGGAACUGUUUUGCUGCAGAAAUAGUGUCUCAUUUGGCGAUGCACAUUAUGAUAUGCUCGUGUGCCCUUAUUUCUACGACCGAAUCAGAAUAUAUAAUGCCUUCUCGGCGCUGUUGCAGUUAUGAAUGUAGAUUGGAUUUAAACGAAUAAAAUGUUCGUGAUUACA